CGCCUGUAUUCCAUUACGUCAUCAAGGAAUCAGAUGUUAGUUGACAACAAUAGAAAGACUUGUGUUACCAUAUACGUUUUAGGAUCUACUGUGAGUUUGUGGUUGAUUCUAUCAAUGAAAUUGAUCUUACAAUGGCAGAUAUCAAAGCCCUUGAACACCCUACACUGAAGGUACCUUAUGAAAUUUUGAAUAAGAAGUUCCGUGCUGCCCAAAAACAAUUGGACAGAGAAGUGUCUCAUGUUCAAGCUGCUGCUAUUGAAUUAGAAAAAGGACUUUUUGCUGAUAAAGUUGGUGCUGGUGAUAUUAGCAGACUACUUGGAGGAAUGGUUGAAAAACUUCAAGUUCUCAAAAGGAAGGCUGAAGAGAGCAUUUGUGAGGAGCUUCAAGCUGGAUAUGUCUGUAAACGGAGGUUGGAACAUUUAAAAGAGCAUACUAGCACUUCACAGUGGUGUAGAAAACGCCUUGAUCGGAUGCUGGUCGAGUAUUUUCUUCGGAAGGGUUAUUACAAUGCAGCAUCAAAGUUGGCACAAACAUCUGACCUUAAAGAUUUGACCAAUAUUGAUGUUUUUACCGUGUCCAGAGAAGUUGAGAAAUCAUUAAUGGAUCGAGAGACCACAAAGUGCCUUAAUUGGUGCCAUGACAACAGAUCGAAGCUUCGUAAACUGCAUUCAACCAUGGAGUUUAACCUGAGGGUUCAGGAAUUUGUAGAACUGGUGAAAGCAGAUCGCCGCCUCGAUGCUGUCCGUCAUGCAAGGAAAUAUUUCUCAAGUUAUGAAGAAGAUCAGCUCCCAUCAAUUCAACAUUGCAUGGCUCUUUUAGCUUUCCCAUCGAACACUGAAAUUCCAGCCUACAAGGAGCUGCUCGAUGAGGACAGGUGGCUGCGUUUGGUCGAGCAAUUCAGGCAGGAAAACUACAAGUUGUUUCAGCUAGCUUCGCAGAGCACGUUCACCGUCGCGCUCCAAGCUGGCCUCUCUGCACUUAAGACGCCUCAGUGCUAUGGCAGCUAUGAACAGAAGAACAAGUCGUGCCCGGUCUGCCAGGAUUGGCUCAAUCUGUUGGCGGACCCGCUCCCUUUCGCUCAUUGCUCUCACUCGAGAUUGAUCUGCCACAUUUCAGGCCUCCCUCUCAAUGAGCAUAACCAGCCUAUGGUAUUGCCAAACAGUUAUGUCUAUGGACAGCAGUCUCUUUUACAAAUGGCUGCUGACAACAACGGACAGAUCAUCUGCCCCAGGACAAAAGAGAUCUUUCCUUAUCAAAAAGCUGAGAAAGUUUUCGUAAUGUAAUAAUGUAAUCUGUUGACUUUGUUCGCUGAUUGUUUACUUUUAAGAUUUUUACAUCAAUCUGAUUCUAUUUUUCUUUUCUUUUUUUUAGUUUUAGAUUUAUAUUUUUAAAAUGCCACUUAAUAAAUAGUCUCUUAAAAAUGGAGGCUAUCGAAGAUUUAAAUCAAAAUUAUUUUAAUUAUAAAAUUGUUUUGUUUAAGAACUUUGAAAUUAGUUUUCAAUAUGAUAAGAAAAUCCCUUGUUUCCAUUAUUAUUUAAUGACUACUAAUUUUCAAGAUUACGUUAUUAAUUACUAAAGUUUCACAAAUAAAAUUUAAAUUUAAGACUGAUUUAAAAAUUUUAAUAUUUCAAUCAGUAGAUUCCAAAUGAUUAUCAAGAUUUAUUAGUAUCUAUUUUUUAUUCAUAAACCCCUUUGGGGAAAAAAGAUAUUUAAACUUAAUUGAGGGUACUAAAGAGGUAAGUUAUGUAUCCUAUUACUAUUUGAAAGUGGAGCAAUAUUUAUUAUGUAUAUUAUUAUUUUGUUCUGUUGAAAAUUUAUAUAAACAUUUUAACGUUAUCAAAGACUUGUUUACUCUAAAAUAAAGGGAAAAAUUUGUACUAUUAUUAUUAUUAUGUAAUGUUACAGCAAUCCAUUGAGUAUUACUGUCAACUUUGACUAACAUGUCUAUAAGAUAUUUAUUCUCUAGAUCAAAUCUUUCGAGAUGAAAUUUUAUUAAAUAUGUGUUUAUUAACAAUAGCCAUAGCUUUGUAAAAGAUCUAGGUAAUGUUGCCUUGGUUACCGUCGUUGUCAUGACGAACACUGCUGAAAUAUUUCUUAUUAACUGUAAGGGUUAGUUAUCUUCCCUGAUGUAACAUUGUUUUAAAAUAGUAUAUGUUGAUGGAUAAGUGAAAAGCUCUAUAUAUAUAUUUUUUUAAUGUAUUUAUUAUGUCGAUGUUAUUCGAAAUAAUAUCUUCCUCAUUAAUUUUCUCAUAAACAUUUAAAAAAUUGUACUAUGUUUAUCUAGAGUCCCUUAACAGUUAUCUUAAGAAGUCGCAUGGUAAAGCAUCAUGUGAUCGCGAAUUGUAAUGUUUCAUUAUAUGUAGGCUUGUGUUUAUUUUUCAUUCUAUUUAUAAAUUAAAUAAAAUAUAUAUUAUAACACAAACAAAGUCAACGAUCCAUGACAUACGCCGGUGGCUAAGGUGAUAUAUAUCUUGUCUUAGACCUUGAAGAUCUCUAUCAGCUAAUCCCCUUAGUUUGUAAAUAUGACUAGGCAUCACUUAGCUGCCAUUUUAUCCUGUAUAUUUUAGGUACAUUUGCACAGCUACUAACAAAAUGAGUGUAGUUAAUUUCUAGUUGUCAUAAGAGACACAAUGUUUCAUUACAGUACUCUUCUCUUACAGUAGAUCUCGACUUUAAAGAGUAAUUCUGGAAUUUUCAAUAUAUGUUUGCAAGACUAACAUAAUCUGUUCCCUAAAUAGAUUCUUGAUAUACUACAAUAAUUAAAGUAUCAAAAGUUAGAGUACAUACCCAAGUUUAUCUCCGUAGAUAUGCCACAAAGUCGCUGGAAGCGUCAGACUUCUGGGUAUGCUAUAUUGUGAUGAAAAGACAAGCAGUAACCAAUGCACUCUAGUUAAUAUUUUUUGAACCAUACUUCAUAAUUUUUGUUUUGUAACAAUCUCAGAUAUAGUUUGCAUGCAUUAAACUAAACUACUGGACAAAAGAAUCAAAUUGAAUAGGAUGAUUUGAUGUAAUGAAGUUAAAAUUGAAUACAUAAUUUCUAUCUAGCAUUCAUUAUCUUGCUUAUUUACUACAAUAUCUUGAAUUGACUUGAAUUUGGAACCCACGAUUCUACAGGAAAUUAAGCAUUAAAUACUUUAUUAAUUUCUGUGAUACUAUUAUACAAGAUGAAAGUACACAGCAAUUGUCCAUUUGAUUCAAUUCAAAAUAAUGAUUUUUAAAUUAUGAUGUUGCAGCAUAUCAUAAACAAUAUACAAUAUAUUUUCAUGCUGUUUUUUCCACUUAUUAUUAAUCUAUCUAACCUAAAGAACAAUCCAGGUUAUAAUUUAUUUAUUAUAUUAUAUUAAUAAUAUAUUUGAGUA